UUAUUUUUUGAGGGAAAAGCACAAAUCGAAAGAAAAGAUCGAUAAUUCAUAAUUCAUGUAUUAUCCAAGAAAUACACAUAAUUUUGUUUAUAUGAUGGAGAACAGGGAUGCAUCGAAAAGACAGGGGACGAUCUGGAGGGCGUAAAAAGGGUGACAAGGGAGGUCGACCAAAUCGUAACCAAGGAAGAAAUUAUGAUUCAUUUCAUCGUAGAAAUUUAGAUUUGUUUGCUGCUCCACUUUUAUUUUUAUUUAGCCUUUUACGAUAUUUAGCAGUGCAACUGUGGGUAGUGUUAGGCAUUAUUAUUUGCAGGUCUAGAUCUGCAAUUCCUUCCAGAAAUAGAUGGAGACAAAAUUCAGCUUUAAUUUCUGAUGCUGAAUCUGGUGCAAAUACUGAACUUCAUCGAAGUCCAAAAAUGGCUGCUCGGGAUCCAGGUCCUGGUGAACCAGCAUUAGUUUCACAGAAACAUCACCACAGGAAAGCUUUUGAAUAUAUUUCAAAAGCUUUGAAAAUUGAUGAGGAACAUGAUGGCAAACAAGAUAUAGCAAUUGAUAUGUACAAAAAAGGCAUUAUAGAACUUGAGAAAGGGAUUGCUGUUGAUGUCAGUAGUGGCGAAGGCUCUUCCUGGGAUCGGGCAAGAAGAUUGCAAGAAAAAAUGGUGACAAAUAUGGUGAUGGCUAAAGAUAGACUGGAUGUUUUAGAAAAAGCUUUACGGGAAAUAAAUAUGUUAGAUAAUACUCCUGGACGUUUUGAUGAAGGUCGUGAGGUCCAAGAACCAUACCCUUUUACACCUCCUCAGACUUCCAAUAUAACUAUGAGACAGCGUAAAGGAGAAAUGUUGACUCCUAAAUCUCCUUUACAUAGACCUCCAAAAAAUACCAAGCCAAGCCAAGACACAAGUAAAACUCCAGUUACUUACAAGCCAAUAAGAGGAAUGAAACAACCAAUAGCUGUACAUAAAAGUAAUAGUCUCCCUAGAACAUUUAGUCCUAAUAGAGGAAAUAGGAUGCCUCAAACACCUUCACCGAGGACAAAUCGAACACAUACCAGACAACAGUCAGAAAAUUUGCCCUCAAACCAUCCAAGGAAGAUAGAUUUAAAUCGCCUAAAAUUAAAAAAUGUAGAUAAGAAAUUAGCAGAGACAAUAUUAGGAGAAAUUAUAGAUACUGGACCUCAUGUUGAUUUUAAAGAUAUUGCUGGACAAGAAGCUUCUAAACAGGCAUUACAUGAAAUAGUGAUACUUCCUGCUCUUAGACCAGAGUUAUUUACUGGUUUAAGAGCACCUGCCAGAGGUCUUUUGUUGUUUGGUCCACCAGGAAAUGGAAAAACAAUGUUGGCAAAAGCUGUUGCCAAUGAAUCAAGUGCCACUUUCUUUAAUAUUAGUGCCUCAAGUCUCACAUCAAAAUGGGUUGGUGAAGGAGAGAAGUUAGUUAGAGCUAUGUUUACCUUAGCCAGAGAAUUGCAACCAUCAAUUGUUUUCAUGGAUGAAGUUGAUUCUCUUCUAUGUGAAAGAAGAGAAGGAGAAAAUGAUGCUAGUCGUAGAUUAAAAACAGAAUUCUUAGUACAGUUUGAUGGGGUGACAGGUUGUUCUGAUGAUAAGAUACUGAUUAUGGGAGCUACAAACAGACCACAGGAAUUAGAUGAUGCUGUACUUAGGAGAUUUGCUAAAAGAAUAUAUGUACAAAUGCCAUUGAGAGAAACCAGAAGAUCCAUGUUGAAACAUUUAUUAUCUAAACAAGGAAAUCCAUUGUCAGAUUCAGAAUUAAAUCAAAUAGCAAGUUUGACUGAGGGUUAUUCAGGCAGUGAUUUAAAUGCUUUAGCAAAAGAUGCAGCAUUAGGGCCAAUCAGGGAUUUAUCUGCCAGUGAAGUUAAAACAGUACAAGCCAGUAAUGUUAGGGGGAUCAGUGUAGAAGACUUUUUACAAUCAUUACAAAGAAUAAGAAGAAGUGUGCCUCAGGGGACUUUACAGAAAUAUGAGGAGUGGAAUAGAGACUAUGGAGCUGUUGCAGUGUGACAAAACUUAUAAAAUAUGAUAUGCUGUUCUAUACUCAUUAUGUCAGUGGUUCUUUUCACAAAAUAUUAUGACUAAAUAUGAUCGGAAGCCAGAAUUAAAUGUUUAUUACUUUUUUUCUAAUAAUGGUAUCUUAAAUACAGUUCAUCAGCAUCUUCAAAACUAUUUUGGUUCAAAGCAGCCAUUUUGAUUUGAUAAAGUUCAAUAUUGAAGAAAAUCAACUGUUUCACCAUUAUAAGGACUAAAGAAGAGCUCUGUAUAAGAACUAUGUUUAGUAUAAAUUUUUCUGAGAUCAUUAAAAAAAUGUUUAAUAGAAAUGCUUUUAUAUACUAUAUAAGUGGAUUUUUCUUGAAGAACAUACUUAAAUGUUAAUUUUGAAGCAGCAAGAUUGUAAUGUAUGUAGGCUAAUAGGAAAAACUUAGUGAAUUUGUUUGACCAAACUUUUAAAAAAUUGGAAAAUGAGAUGAAAGAUUGAAUAUCAAAUUAUAAAUGAACUUUGUAAUAGAUAUCUUGCUUUAAAAGGGAACAGUAUAUAGAUGGUAACAUUCCAAUUCAGUCAUAUAAAGAUUUCAUUUAUGUUUGUACUGUGCAAUUUAUUUGUAUACUCAUUGCAUUUAAUAACAUUUAAAAUACUGUUAAUGAGUUAGCUGUAUAAAAUUAUCCAAUAUUUGUUGUAGGAAGCUUUACUUACUGUACAAAAGAAAUGUACAUCUGUUAACAAACAUUUGAUGUAAAACCUGUUGUUCAUCAUUGUAAUAGCAAUAAUAUGUUAACAAUAUUGUUUUUAAAAAUAUAUACCCAUUAACGGGUUCUACUGACAAACUGCUAUAUGUAUUUACAUUUCUUCCACUAUGAAAUGCCCGGUACCAAUACAUGUUUUUUUUUUCAUAUUCAUAAAUGAAUCAACAUAAUUUUAGCUAUGCAAUUUUUUUUCGUGAAGAAUAUUUCGCAUAAAUUUUCACAUUAAAUGCUUACUUACAUUUGUAUGCGGAAUCAGGAUUAAGUUAUUAUUGUCCUCAAAUGUGAACUUUUUUAAAUACAUGUAUUUGCAUUUUGAUAGCUGUUUGCACUUGAAUUUAUGGACUAUUUCCAACACAUGAAAAUGCAUUUUUUCCUGUAGUUAUAUCUGUUGUUAACCCUCUUUCAUUUAGUUAGGUGUACAUUGAUUCAAACUAAAAUCUGUGCCUAUAAGUUUGUAUACAGUAUCUCACAGUAGUACUUUUGAUAAAAUGGUAAAUAGUUUUUUAAAUAUUUUUAAAGUGAAAACUGUCCAAACUGAACACCUCUUUGACUGAUGAUUUUGUUUGUGUAAGAUAGGUACCUGGUUCAACAUAUUACUCAAACAAUUAACUGAAUGUUCUGAUCCAGUUUACACAGGUUUCCAGUAUAAGCAGAAUUUGGUUUAGACGGGUUUUUCAACAGUAUUUUUUCUCCCUUGCCAAUCCCAUUCCCCGCCGACAAGAUUAUAUUGACAAUCUAGUCAUAAAGUUCUGCAAUGCUUUUUACAUGUUUAUUUUGUGUGUGUGUGUGUAUUUGAUGUAUUACUGUUUAUAUAAAAGUGCAUAUGCUAUGUUGAUGUGUUUUUACAAUGUAUGAUCAUGUAUUACAUUGUAAUUGGUUAGAUAGUUGUAAGACAUAUUUUGUAUUGUAUCCACACGGCAGCUUGGUUAUGGUUCAUGGACAAAUUUUGCUUUCAUUCAUUACCAGGUUGUAAGUGGGAGAAAUUCAGAGAUUUUUCCAAAGUAGAAGAUUGAAUUCCUUUCCAUAAGACUGGUUUUCAACGGGAAAUUUCCAAAUUAAAAAAAAGAUUGUGGACUCCAACAACAUAAUGCAAGUUGACACAACUUCUUAUAUAAGUUAAUUAAAGUUUUUUAAUACAUUCAUAUGAACAUAUACAGUGGUAAUAACUGGAUGAUUCCUUUGAUGAUACCAAUUAAAUGUUUUGAAUCGACAUGGCUGUUAACAUUUUCUUGACCCUAAAUAGCACAGCAAUUAAAGAAAGUAGACCUUAGUUAGAGGAUAUAACACUUUAAAUCAGGUAUGUUACUGUCAGUUUCAUUAAUGCUCUUUAAGCAUUCGUGUGAAACAGAGUUAAACAAUCUAUGUUACUAAGAAGCUAGGAAUUUAUAUAUGAAAAUGGCUGACACAAACAUACAAGUAAUUUUCAAGAGUUGUGUCCCCUUAGUUUACCUCCUAAAGUCAUACAUGAGUCUGAUUAGAUGAAUUCAGUAAUCUAUGAUCAAAUUAGUGGUCUGUUCUACCUGGCAUGUUGUUUAAGUAUGUUUUGAAAUGUUUACUAUGUGUACUAUGUAUACUUGUUAAAACAUUUUUCUAUGAGUCAAGGUGAUACACUGUUUUGUUUCAUGAUAUUAUCUGUUUGCUAUAGGUAUCAAUACUUGACAUCCAGUAUGCUUUAUUUUGUUAUAUUUAAAUAUACAUGAAUAGAUGGAAAUUUUCUUGUGUCAGCUUACUACCUCAUUAUUUUCGCUGCUGUAAAUUCAAAAAUUAAUGUGAUGUAUUGUUUUCUUGUUAAUGUGAAAAACAGUUUCACAGGAUGACCAUCACAAUAGUAAUACUAACAUUGUAGAUCUAUUAUCAGUGGUCACAGGAUGACCAUCACAAUAGUAAUACUAACAUUGUAGAUCUAUUAUCAGUGGUUUAAGAUUCACAAUAUUAAAUGUUCACAUUAAGUUCUGAAUUAACAGUAUUUUUAAUGUGACAAGUUGUCAGGUAAUAUAAUCAUGUUAACAUCCAUGCAGAUUUUGUUCCAGUUUCAUUAAAAAACAGAUAUUUAGAACAUAAAAUUGAUUUACCUCAGAACUAUAGGUAAAUAUAUACAGAAUGAAUAUGGAUGAAAUAUGCAGUAAACUGUAAGCCAACUUAUUUUCGUGGAUCCUUUUUUUUUCUUGUUGCCCUUUUUAGUCUAUUUCGCAGCAACAUUUUUUCGUAAUUUUCUAAUGUCCAUAUUUUAUUCAUAUGAGAGAAGAUCCAAGUUUUACAUAUUCACAAAGAUUUAUAUUUGCAUUAUUUUUCUACUUGUAAAAUUGAGAAAAAUUCUUUUCACUUCAUAUUUCAUUCCAAUUAUUACCCAUUUGAUGGCACUGCUAAGAUAAAUAAGAGAUAAAAGAAAUAUGAAACAGCAGGGGGAAAAGAUAAGAUGAUAGGGGGAAGGGUAAACUUAAGGAGUACCAGUAUCAAGUCUGCAUUCCAUUGUAUGCAAAAGAAAUGGCUACCCAGUAAAUUAUACAUAGUCAAAUCUUUAUAAAUUAAAAACUUUAAAAAAUUGAAAAUUUAUUAGAGCUGAGGUUUGAAGAUCACUUGUUAAAAAUGACCAUAUGCCUAUUAGACAAGAGCGGUCAGUUCAAUCUGAUACAUUAUCUCUGUUGUUUUAUGAAUUUUGUAUUAAAAUAUGUGAAAGUGAAGACAGCCUACAAAAAGGAACGAAAUACCAUUCAAAACAUGGAAUAUACUGGAAUUAUGUCUCUUAUAUUUGAAUUUUUAUUGAACCUGGAAUAUACUCUUCUGGCAAAAUAUGUGAAGUUUUUGUGACUAUUGGUGUAUAAUAUUGUUUAUAUGUUAGUGCAAAAAAAUGAUUUAUUAACACACUUAUAUAUAUUUUGUAAUUGUGUUUUCUGUAUUUUUUUGUAUGAAUUUUUGGUUUUACCUAAAUAUAUAAUACACAAUCACAGUGACAAAAUACAAUUGCAUUUUAUACUUGUAACAAAGAUGUGAAUUUUUUUGGGUUAAAAUCAUGUAUUCAAAAUGAAGGCAUACUGUACUUUAAAAAUAGUUUGAUUUUAUGAUAAGCAUUUUUAAUUGUUUUCAGACAUAUCAUUGGUUUAUAGUGUCAUAAGUACAUGGUUCCUUUUACCAAUAUACAGUCAAGAUAAACUGAAAAAUUGUAAUCAUAUGUUAAACAAAUUUCUGGGCUUUAAUAAUGAAUCACAAAAUUACCAAAGUUGGAUGCCAUCAAUGGAAAUACUUUUUUGUUUGUUUACAUUUUUCAUAGUUUCAUUCAUCUUCGGUGUUACAUAAUCAGAUGUUUAUUCAAUAAGUUAUGUUUUAUAUUAAUAAAUAAGUUCUGAAAUGCUUUAA